AUGGCUAAUGUGGAAGCAAAAGCAGCAGCUGCUCCUCCGUCUUCGGUGGUUGACUUAAUGCGCCGCCAUGGCGGGGAUGUUAGUGGAAUAGAUUCCAAUCUUCUCGAGAAAAUCCUACCGCAGUGCACCGUGGACGAGUUGAGUCGCAUAGAGAAGAGUACCGGAGGCAGAGAUUUGAGUCCUGUUACCGAUAAGCUGUGGCGGAAAUUCUACAUAGAGGAGUUCGGUGCUUCGAUGGCUGAUCAGGUGGUCGAAAACAUGAAGACCAAUACGAACGCCGCAUUCAGAUGGAAGGAGCUGUUCGAGAAGAAAGUGGAGGAGGUGAACAAGAAAGAAAACAAGGCGGCUGAGAGGUUGAAGAGCCGGUAUCAGAUGGAAGCGGCUCGAAAAGAGAGCCGACGAGUUGUUAUUUGCACAGAGGCGGAAGCUCCGUCUUCAACAGGGAACCACAAAAGAAGGAGAAGCGAGGAGGUUCCGUCAUCUCCAAGCAACAAAAGAAGGAGCAGCAGCGGCAGUAAUGUUUCUGUACAUAAAAAGGCAAGCUUGAUCAUGAAAAAGGCCAAAAGAGAUUUUCUCAACUGUCUUGAGGUAAAAAAUCUUGCAGCUGUGGCAAUGGCUAAAUUGCAGAAGAGUUACCGUUCCAAGAAAGAUUCGACAUUCAAGCGAAGCGCCAUCGUUUCUGAAGAUCACGCUCCGAGUUUCGACUCUUGCUCAAUACGCAACAGCAGAACUUGCUUGAUAGCCUAG